AUGGCUAAAGGAUUCCUGAAGAAGUCCCCACCCGCAAUGACCCCCUUCGAACACCUUUAUGGUGGCUACACCUAUGGCCUCCUCUUUUCCGCGAUACUCUUGGGGAUAAUCACCGUGCAGUCGAGAUCUUAUUUUCUGCGUUACCCGAGUGAUCCUGUCAUGACGAAACUUCUGGUAUCCCGUCGUCAUAAUAGUUUGACUGGCAUCUUACCGUUGCUGCUCUGUCCAGGUCCUAGUGCUAAUACUAACCCAACUCUUUGA